AUGUCAUUACAAUCUUGCAGGAAUAAUUUGUUGUUUUUUUCCAGGAAACCUCUACCAGAGAUACCAAAAGAGAUUCCACAGGAUGUUAUCAUUGAUGUUGGUGUUGUUCGUUAUUCUAACAAAGACAGYAACCCAAAAGCAAUGGAAGCAAAGCCUGAGCAAGAAGAUGUUGCUCAAAAACUUAUACCAACAAUGAGUGAUUCUGAGUUGGCGGAGACUCGACAGAAACAAGCCCGCACUAAAUCAGCGGAGUUACUCAAGAAUGAUUUGGAAAAGGAGAGAAAACCUGGAUGUACAGACUACUUGGUGAAAGUSAAUUUAGCGCUGUCAAUCAUCUAUGCUCGUCACCUAUUGGCUGCCUUGCUGUCUGACUGGCAUGAGAAUCACGUGAUCAACGUUGAACUUCUAGACAAUAGCGAUGAAGUCCAGUUGGUUGGUUUGUUAGAUAUCAUCCAGAGAAUGGAAGACAAGGAAACGUUUGAAAAGGUUGUUUCCAAUGUUGUUCGAUAUGGUGAUGCACAACUCGUUCAACCAUUAUCAAUUKCUGCAACWCACUGCAUGGGAGAAGAGAUGYUAUCGUCACAAACUAGAGAAUCUGAACACGAUUACAAGAAUGACACAACUAUGGAGGGUAAUGUGAGUAUCCCAGGCGCCUCAACUCUUUAUGUUAAAUUUGAUCCAAGAUGUGCAACCGAGGAGGCCUGUGACGAGCUUGUGGUGGCUACGUCAUCUGAUUUAAAACAGAACAGACACGUGUACAGUGGUCCGCAGGGUCGAUGGAUCGAUGUUGAAUUACCAGGUGAUAUUUUGUACUUUAAGUUUACAUCAGACAGCACUACUAACGACUGGGGCUGGAAGUUUGUUGUUUAUGGUGGCCAACAAGGAAGGUUUAAAACAGGCUUCUCUGUCCUUAAUGCGCUUCUCUUGCUUGAUAAUCAAAUUGCAAGCCAAGCUGUUGAUAGUGUUGGUUCCCAAACUGGUCCAUUAGAGGCCGCACACAGACCUGAUCUACGGCUAUUGAGACCAUUGUGGGCAUUAUACACCAAGAUGCUUGAAAAAGAAAGUGAAAUUGAAAGACAGUUGCUAAGACAACAUUUGACCGCUGAAUAA